ACACGAACGGUGGCGAUGAAAUUUACUCCUACGCUUCGAUCCAGAGCUGCCGAUCUCGCAUCGCCAACGAGGACUCGCCCCAGAUGUAUCAAGCAUGGGUCCCGAUAACACGGUACUCGAUUUGAGUCUGUUGUUACAGCCUAGACGUUUUCGGAAUGGCCGCCUUGAAGCUACCGGAUAAUCAGAACGCCGUCUGGGCCAUCGAGAAACGCGCGGACGUUCGACGCGUUCUUCGUUUUUACUUUCAUGGACGGUGCUGAGCACCGGAGACCUCGACGCAGGCGUGCACCUAUUAUAGCCCUCGCCGAGUUGCACAAACUCCAGCAACUCCUGCUAACCCACGUCGAGCUACCAAGUUGAAAGAGUCCACCUGGCCGGGAAUGGGCUUCGAGCCUCAGAUUCGAACAAAAAUAAUCGAUCUGGUUGGAUUGGCAGGUGCUGAUGUGGACGGCGACGUGGCCAGAGGUGGCUCGCUGGUAGAGGACCGCAACUUCUACCAGAUUGUGGAAAUUUGCAAGGAGAACGAAAAGGAGAUCAAUAUCUUUGUUGAGAAGAAAAACAAAGUCGAGGAUCUGCUGAAGAACAUCUUUCGGGAUAGAAUGCGAUGCGCUGGAUGAUGAUGAAGGAUGUGAUUAAGACCCUGCCGGAGAAUGUCCAGCACCGGGUGAAUGCGUUCAAGCAACUGCAGAAGAAGUACCUCAAGUUAGAGGCCAAAUUCUUCGAGGAGGUUUACGCGUUGGAGUGCAAAUACCAGGAGCUGUACCAGCCCCUGGGGCGCAGGAAAGCAGUCAUCACCGGGGAGUCGGAGUUGGGUGAGGCCGACCGGAAGAAUGAGUCCGAGGACGAGGUUGACGCCGAAGUGACGGAACACUUCAAGCGAUUGGCCCUCAACUAUAAAACCGGCACUCGAAGAUCAUCAAGGACGCGCAUGGCAUUCCAGCGUUCUGGUUGACGGUGUUCAAGAAUACUCAGACCAGACCAAUGUGAACUAGCAAACCAGAAAAGCAAAAUAAAAAAAUAAAAAAAUA